GUCAACUCCAAAAAGUACAUGAACCAAAACCCUAAUUAACUAAAACUGUAUUACACACAGUACACUUGUGCAUUUCGUAAGAUAUGGAAGCACCAUUGCCCAAGUACACAGGUGUAAGGAAGAGGAAGUGGGGCAAAUGGGUGGCCGAGAUUCGUCUCCCCAACAGCCGCGAGAGAAUCUGGCUCGGAUCCUUCGACUCCGCUGAGAAGGCGGCGCGUGCUUUCGACGCGGCUCUUUACUGCCUCCGCGGCCCCGGUGCACGUUUUAACUUCCCGGAUAGUCCUCCGGAGAUACCCGGCGGACGUUCUCUGACGCCGCAGCAGAUUCAGGUGGUAGCUAACCGCUUCGCCUGCGAGGAACCGUUACCACCACCUCAGCAGCAACAACAACAACAAGAACAGCCACCCUCGCCACAUGGCGAUAGGACGGAGGAAGGAGUUGGAAAUUCGGCACGUGGGGAAAGUAGUGGUGGUAGUGGUGGGCCGACGUUAGGACAAGUUGGGGGAGAUAGUAACAACCACGUGGGUGAUUGCAAUAGCAAUAGCAAUACCAAUACCAAUAGUAACGAUACGACACCGUAUUGGCCGUUUAUGUGGGAAGAGAAUCUUAUGGCUCCUACAACUUCGGAAGAGUUAGGUACUUAUUUCAUGGACGUUGAUUCGACCAAUUUGUAUUUCCCGUCGACACAACAUGAGCUCUCAUCUGAUUUUUACUACGAUGGAGCAUCUGUUGUUGAAGAUGAUUACUCUCAUUACAAUUUUAACCUUUGGAAUUUCUGAGAUCCUUCUUUUUAUCAGUGAUCUUGGACAAAAUAUUCCAUCAUUACUCAAGGUGAAUCAUCAAGGUACUAGCCUCUUGUGGCUCAUCUUUUCAUUUUAUUUAUUAUUUUCUAAAUCAAUUUAUUUCACAUGUUUUUUGGUUUGUGUCUCUAUGUGCUCUGUAUUACAUUGCACAUUACUUCCGCUUGAGUUUUCUUUCCAGGAUUGGUUUGAUUUAUUUGUAACAAGCCAACCUUGACCCCUAUUGUUUGGUCAUAUAUGGUUUACAAAGUUUAUACAUACGGUUCCAUAUGUGUAUUUUUUUCUAUAAGUGCUCAUGUUUUGUU